CUUUUCCCCUCCUCUCUUUUUCUCUCACUCCCUCUUUCUCUCUGUCCCUGCCUGGCUCCGCUCGGUGAGAAGGGCGAGCCGAUGCACCCGGGCGUGAAGGUGUUCGUGGGCAACCUGCCCGAGGAGACCUCGCAGGUGGAGUUGCGCGAACUGUUCGAGGCGGCCGAGCCGGGCGAGGUCCUGCGGGUGGCCCUCAUGAAGCAGUUCGCCUUCGUGCACAUGCGCGACGACGCGUCGGCCGAGCGCGCGAUCCUCAAGCUCAACGGGCAGUUCCUGCACGGGCACCGCGUCGUCGUGGAGCCCUCCCGCCCCAGGCCCACGCACACCGUCAAGAUCUUCGUGGGCAACGUCCCGGCCGCCUGCACCAGCGGCGAGCUCCGCCUCCUCUUCCAGGAGUACGGGCCCGUCGUCGAGUGCGACGUCGUCAAAGACUAUGCGUUCGUUCACAUGGAGAAGGAUGAGGAUGCCAGAGCCGCCAUUGAACAUCUUAAUGGAAGGGAAGUCAAGGGCAAGAGAAUUAAUGUGGAACUUUCUAAUAAGGCUCAUAAAAGGGGGCCAGCUGGGCACACCGGCCAGCUGGGCAACAGAGCUGAAAAGAACAAAAUACCAACCCUGGAUAAACUCCAGCCCAGGAAUGACGCUUUGAGAUCCAGUAAUCUUGCUUUCCCAGCGGGAGGAUCAACUUAUUCUUCACUGGAGUAUGACUAUCAGCAGCGCCUGGGGAACAACAAUUUAACCAAAAUUGAUUCCCAAGACAGUCAGGCUAGGCAGGUAUCUCCUUCCUAUUUUGGAAGGGACAGAAGCCCUAUUAGACGCUCACCAACAAGAGCAGGUUACAUAAUUCCUAUGGCAGCCCAGCAAGCAUCCUACAGAGACCAGGCUUCUGCCUCCCUCGGGACAGCCUACAGAGACCAGCCUGCAGCAUCACUUGGGAUGGCUUACAGACCCCAGCCUACAACUGGGCAGGCUGCAAUGUACAGAGCCCAGUCCUCAGCCGUGCUUGGAAAUCAAUAUAGAGCCCAGUCCUCUGUUCCCCUGGCAACUUCUGGGACCCAGCCAGCAGCCUCAGCACUAACAUCCUACAGUGCCCAAGCAGCUGCUUAUGGAGCAGCACAAGUGGCUGCUUCUCAAGUCCCUUCUUAUGAGGCCCAGCCCACAACAACAUACGCUGCCACUUAUGGGGCCCAGGCUGCUGCAACAUAUGCAGCAGCUUCCUACGGUGCCCAGGCAGCAGCUGCUGCUGCUGCCCUCUCAGCAUCUUACGGGGCCCAACCUGCAGCCAACCAAGCAGCCUUGUACGGUACCCACCCUCUCUCAACACAGACAGCUUCAUAUGGAGUCCAGUCAGCUGUUGGCCAUGCAGCUUCUUAUGGGGCCCAGGCUGCAUCUGCCCUGCCAGCUGCAUAUGGGGCACAGGCUGCAGCAAACUUGGCGGCCGCUUAUGGUAUGCAGGAUGCAGCAGCAGCUGCUGCUGCUGCUUCCUAUAAAACGCAGCUCUCUGCUUCACUGUCAACAGCCUACAGAGCACAAGUCUCAAACCCAGCGGAGACAGCUUAUGCUGCACAGCAAUCCACUUCUGUUCCCUUAGCUGCAGGUUACAGAGCUCAGCCAUCAUACAAUGGGCUGACUCAAUCUGCACAACAGGCAGCCUCAUAUACAGCAUUGUCCCAGUCAGAAGCUGCAGCUCUCCAUCCGCCGUAUGAACGGACUCGCCUCUCUCCACCGCGUGGCAACCGUGAGGAUCUCUACAGAAAAGCAGCUGCAAUGAAUAAGAGGUAUGCAGCUAGACCAGUUGUAAUGCUUUUCACGCCAAUCGCACCUUCUGCCCAAGGAUUUUUCUGCACUUUUCAGAGGGGUUCAAAGGAGAACUUCAUUCUGUGGUCCCAUGGGAGGGAGCAGAGUUCCCGCUAUGACUUUAAAUUGGCAUUUAUUCGAAAGCAAGGAUGGGUCGGGAGUGGGGCUUGCUUAACCUUUGCUACACUGGCUGUGCCAUUAGUUUCUCUCUAUCAGAUCUUUCAAAUCUUUUCUGUGCUUUACUGUUUGUGGGGAAGGGAGCAAAUAUGGGCUGCGCUCUUACCAUUUCCCCCCGCCUGCACAUAUCUCUGGAUAAUUGUGAGUACGUGUUUGCAAGAAGGCUCUGCUACCUGACCAGAUCCCACCACAGAGAUGGGAAACUAGACCUUUGAGACUUGACUGAGAUUGCAAAUAAGAGUUGCACCAGCUUUAAUUCCUGGCAAUGAUGAGCAUAAUCCAUCGUUUUUGGUCACCUCCAACACCUCCAAGUCUUUUUGAGCCUUGAUACGCCUUAGCUCUUGUAUCCAUCUUAGAAACUAUUGAUUGUAGUUUUGUGAGGUCUGGGCCUCCUGCAUGGUACUGUGCUUUAUCACUGUUCUGAUGGGAGGCUCAAAAUUCUGCUUAAAUGGUGAAGUAUAAUUAGUAUUACAGAAUAGCUGAACCAUUGAGUGAUUAUUCCCCAUGUCUGAGAGAAGUAAAACGGCCCCAGUUGCAGCCAGACAAUGGAGGAAAGCUUAUUGUUUGGAUUCCUUUAGUAGGCUCUUUUCUGUGCUUACAGCUCAGCAGUCAUCUUCUGUGCGGGUAGAGGGGGGCCAUCUCAAUCAUAGUGUGCAUAUAAUGUAAGGCAUCGGCCAUGAGGGUUUUUUAUUAUUUAUCAAAUAUCUAAUG